UAAAGGUGAUAAAUCUCACAGUCUCGAAUUCAGUUCUAUUCUAGCUCGACUCAAAGCCGGUUUGUGUCAAAUUUUGCUUAUUUAUUGUUUGAAAGCUUCUGGAAUACUGGAAAUAUAAAAAUGCGUUUUGCUCUGUUUACCAUUCUGGCUCUGUGCCUGUUGGCAUUUGUACUUGCCAACCCCGCCAAGGACUCCAAGAAGGUGGUCAAUAGCUGUGCCCGCGCCUGCGGAGAUGACUACGAGCCCGUUUGUGCUAGGGCCAAGAACAGCAGCAAGGAGCGUCUCUUAACUUUCGGCAGUUCCUGCGUUAUGGCCAAUUACAACUGCCAGCACGCCGACGAUCCAUUCGAGGUCAAGUCAAAGGGCGAGUGCGGCGGCGGGGUCAGCGUACGUCUAUCAUAAGAAUUGCGACGAACGAACCUUCAACCGACACUGGAAAAAUAGCUUAUAAUAUAUAUUAACAAGAUCAAUAAACACAUUUUAUAUUCAGA